GUAGAAAAAUUCUCUCCCCCUCUAAAUAUUCUUACACUUGUCAGUGAUCUCUUGUUGUAAAACAAACUAUUGCAUUUCUCUCUCACCACAAACCUAUUUUCCAACUAUAAAGAAGGACUAAUGUCCCUUCAUUUACACCGUACAACCCUUCAACAACUAUCACUACAAGAACAAACUUCACCUUUUGUUUCUUUCUUAAGUCACUUACCACCUUUCAUCUACCUCUCUCCCUUCCCCCCUUUCCGUUUUUUUUUUUUUAAUUUUUUUUCUCCUUUUUUACACCAUUCAACAUAGUCAUUAUUGUCAAAAUUUUAUGGCUUUGAUUGUGGAUCCACAAUCAAACUUUAAACACUUUUGUAAAAUCUGUAAAAAAGGGUUUGGUUGUGGAAGAGCUUUAGGAGGGCACAUGAGAGCUCAUGGUAUAGGCGAUGAAACGGGUAACAUGGAGGACGAUGAUCCGGAAGGUGAUUGGGAAGACCGACUGGGCAGCAAUGUUGAACCCCCAAGUAACAAACGAAUGUAUGCGUUAAGGACAAAUCCUAAUAAGCUAAAAAGUUGUAGGUCGUGUGAGCAUUGUGGCAAGGAAUUUUUCUCUUGGAAAUCUUUUUUAGAACAUGGAAAAUGCACUUCCGAAGAUGCAGAGGAGUCCCCUGUAUCUUCUCCGGAAUCUGACGCCAUUGCAGAUGAUUGCGAGGGUGCAGAUGGUCGUACAGGAUUUGGUUGGUCUAAAAGAAAGAGAUCAUUGAGAACCAAAGUUGGUAGCUACAAUUAUAAUUAUAAUAAUUGUCCUUCAAGUGAAGAAGAAGACUUAGCCAAUUGUUUAAUGAUGUUGUCGAAUGCUAUUGUUAACCGCCACGAGGUUGAACCGGAAGAAUCAUGUGCCUCAGCUAGCAAAGAUGAAGAAAGAAGAAAUCCUAUGAAUUUUAUUACACCAUUGUCUUAUAGAGUCCCCUAUGACAACAACAAUAACAGCAAAGCCAAAGGUGUUGCAAAAGGGUUGUUUGAAUGCAAAGCAUGCAAAAAAGUUUUCAACUCACACCAAGCAUUAGGUGGUCAUAGAGCAAGUCACAAAAAAGUGAAGGGGUGUUUUGCAGCAAGAUUAGAUAAUAACCUUGAAGAUAGUCUUGUUGAGGAUGAUGUCAUAACACAUGAAGAAUUCUUCCCUUCAAAAUCUAACUCAACCCUACAAUUUGAUCAACAUGGUAGCUCAAACAACCCUACAUUAAUGGCUUCUUCUUCUAAGAGAAAAUCAAAAGUACAUGAAUGCUCAAUUUGUCAUAGGAGUUUUUCUUCUGGACAAGCAUUAGGUGGUCACAAGAGAUGUCAUUGGAUUACAUCAAAUGCACCUGACACAUCAACAUUGGCAAGAUUUCAACAAUUUCAAGAUCAAAUGGAACAAAUACCAAAAUUUGAUAACUCUUCUGAACCAAUUGAUCUUAAACUUGACCUAAAUCUUCCCGCUCCUACUAAUACACAAAUUUACAUGCAACCAUGGGGUGCAAGUGGAAAUGCAACAAAGGAAAACAGCAUUAAAGAGAAUAACAAUAGCCAAUGUAUGAGUCAACAAAAUCAGAACAACAACAUUAACCUAGUUGAUCAAAACAAUGAAAAUAUUGACGAGAAUAACAAAAACAAUAACCCAAUCAAUGCUUUGGUACAAAAUGUUGAUAACGAAGCUGAUAGUGAGGUUAAGUUGGCGAAAUUAAGUGAGUUAAAGGAUGUCAUUAACAUUAGUGGAAGUUCUUCACCAUGGUUGCAAGUUGGUAUUGGUCCAACAACAGAUGUGAGGAAUGAUACGUAAUAAUCUUUUCUUUUCUUUUCUUUUCUUUCCUUUUUUUUUUUUCGUUUCAUUUUUGACAAAACAGUGCAAGGUGAGGAUGAUACAUUUCGGAGUUUUCUCUUUGUUUAGUAUUUUUUACACCCUAAACUAAGAUAAUGUAAGUAUGUAUACGUACAUGAUCAUAUCACUCAUCAUGUUUAGCAUCAUAACGUAUAGUUUUUUUUUCUCCUUUUGUACAUUUUAUAAUAAGAAGUCAACUUCUAAAUAAAUUAAAGGAUUACUUUUUUGGGGAGCUCAUAGACUCAUUUGCUACAUCUUCUUCUUGUUCAUUCUAUGUUUUGUUACAUUCGAGAGUGCAGGAACUAGGAAGUGCUUUAAUAUAUAAUUUGCCAUGUAUAUUAGAAAGGUUUAGAGGGAGGGGGAAAGAGAGGUCUAUGGAGCGAGGCGAGAAUAUCUGAGGGUCGGGAGUGAGCUUGCGUAGCGAGAAACCAAUCAAGAGUACACGUCGGAGCAACUAGAGAAAACUGACGAAUUUUGGUAACGUCACGAAGACGAGGUCGCAACUUUCACUUUCUGCGUAACCAACUUUCCAAAUGAUGUGGACGAAGGUAUGUUUAUCAAAGGAACUUGGGGGAAACUGGUUGAUAUUUUCAUCCCAAAGAAGCUAAACAAAAUCUGAAAAAGCUUUGGGUUUGCAAGAUUCAUGGCAAAUCUGGAUGUGACUCGGUUGGAACAAGAGUUAAUCAAUAUAUCCAUCAAACUGAAAGCUAAUACCAAAAAUGGAUGAGAAAGAAGACGUGGACAGAUUAAGGGUUAUGUUGGGGAGAUACAUUGCUCUGAGGAAGUAGAACAUCUACAAGUUAUUAUGAGUCUCAUUUUCCAACUGGCGGAGGAAAGAUGAUAAAGAAGGAAGACCAAUUAGAGGAUGCAAAGGAACAUCGAGUGUUGUUUCAAACUUUGUUCAGAUAAGUUUACAGAUGGGAUAAGGAACCUAGGUGGCAAGCUAACGUUACACGUGUGAGAAUUCAUGGGGUGCCCCUCCAUUAUCCAUGCAUGGCAUGGUGAUUAGUUCGUGAGAUGAAGCCUUUUGAUAUGGCGCACAUUUUAAUCGGAACUACCAAAUUGGACACUAUCAAUAGCAUAGUGAUUGUGAAGAUACGCUCUUUUCCAUUAUCCCUAAAAUUCCUUUAAGUUUCACUCUCUCCGUCGCACAGAUACAUCACCACUAUAUGCCACAUACAAUCUCUCCUCUCCGAUUCCACAGAUCGUGAGUAUCUCCAAAAUGAACUAAAAAACUUUUUGAAGCGGUAGGUUUUUGCCACUCUCGACACCAAUCCGUAUAACAUUCUCUACGACUCCGGGGAAUCCUCCAUCGCUCUUUUCUCCUUUCUUUUCUAUGAAACGGUUGUCUUCUAUUUUGCUCGUUUCAGUUUUGAUUUUUUUAGUUUUAAUCUUUGCAGCUGUUAAAGACACACAAGGACUCAUUCUUUUCAGCUCUUUUCUCCAUCUUCAUCAGGUAAAUUUUGUCAUAAAGGGUUAUAGAGUUAAGGUGUCGAGUCACCUCUUACAAAAAGGUUUUCCAACCAAGUACACAUUUUGGGACAUGCAUGGAGAAAAGCAUGUGCAAUUCAAUGAGGAAUCAGUGAGCCAAGUAAAAAAGCAUUAGAUACUCAAUAUCCAAAGCAAGAUAUGUUGAAUGACUUAUUUGGUGUCAUAGAUUAUCAAGGAAUUUAAGAUGAUGGUCAAUGAAAUACUCCUAAAAGUAACCACCAUAUAGGUGCCAAAGAUGCAAGUAAUGAGGAAUUUAAAAAAGUUAGAGUUGAUGGAAGAUUGGAAUCAAGAACUUUAUAAUGGUUGCACAAAAUAUAGUAAAUUGUCAUUCAUUAAUAUAAAAGUUUUAUGUGGUGCAAUUGAUAAGACAUUUUCAAUGAUCAUUGAGAGCUUCUAAAUGACGAUUUUCCCAUGCUAAACUACCAACAUCUUAUGAAGCAAAAAAAA